UUGAUUUAAUGUAAAAGUUAUCUUUGUUACAUUUGCAGUCUGAGAUCUAAGUGAUAGAAUUUAUAAAUUGUCAAAAGUUCAUUCCGAUCAUCCUCAUGAGUUUCAAUCACAGAAAAAGAAGAAGAAAAAAUUUGUAAACAUCUAGCGUAUUAAAAUAAUUUAACUGAGCGAGUAGGAUGGAAGGAACAUCUAAGAAGAAAAAGAAGAAUAUGAGUAAACAGGUUGUCAAAAAAAAGUUUCCUGGAGUUGAUGAACUGAAAAUCUAUGAUCAUCUGUUGUUUGUUGACUUAAAUCAAUUUAGAAGCUUCUUCAAGUUACUUACAAGACCCUUUCCUGUAUCUUCCUUCAUUUUUUUGUUUUGUGGAGACCGUAAUUAUCGAUUUCUGCCACCAACUAACAAAAUCUGGAAGAAACUAUUAGAGGAAGAAAGAAUAUUCUAUCAUCCCAAGUUUGGUACAACCAGUGGAGAUGCAAAUAUAGCCAUUAAACCAGUAGUUGAGAAUCUGGAUAGCCAACUUCCACAAACUAUUCCCUUCACUAUCUUGACUAGUGUCCCCUCCCUUAAAGAACUUCCUUCAGUUGCUGUGGAUUCUGGGACAAAUAGAAAAAUCACUGUAAUAUCACAACAUCAGGAUGUUCAUACGAAAGUAAACAUGGUCAUGUUAGGAGAAGAAAUUUAGUACAGUUUGCAUACAGAGCUUGUACAAAAGUAAAUUGCUCCAUCUAACCUUAAAAUGAGUCUUUAAUAAUUAUUUUCUAAAAAUUUGAAUUAAAAAAUAGUGUCUUUUUUUUUAGCAUCAGUUUGAUGUUAUCGGAACAAAUAAUAUAAAGUGUCAUUAUUAUUUUAAUAAAUUAAUUUGUGUACAAUUUUUCAAUGUUAAUUUGUUAGUCAUUUGGCUCAAAGGUUACUCUCAUUUCUAUUUUGUAAGAGAUAUUUUUGAAUUUUUGUUUUGUUUAGAUAUUACUAAACACUAGCUGCAACUGUUAUGUUAUUCAAAUUUAAGUGAGAUUUUUAGGUUUUUGCCAUGCUCAAUUGUCAGACCAAUUGUACAUACACAUCACUGUAAUAAGCUGAACAAACAUGUUGUAGAUUACUUAUAAAAAACUUUGUAGCUAAGCCUGAUCAAUUAACUGUUAACUUUGUAAGCUAUGAGUAUUGCCAAACUACGCUUCAAAAUGUUGAUUUCGUUAUGGUGAGAUGUGUCAAAAUUGUUUAUUUACAAAUUUUAAAUGACAGUAAAAACUUGUAUACAUGUGAUGUUGUUAAGCAGGUAUUUAAUUGUGUGGUUAAUUAACAGUUUGGCCAACAACCAUUAUUUGGAUCUGAUGGACAUCUUUUGGCUUGAAUUUUGACCUCAUGUCUCUCCAUGUCCAGGAAAUUUAACCAUUUCUAGUGUAUUUUCAAACACACAACCUUCAGAAAAACAUCUGUGAAGGACAACAAAAAUGUUAAAAUUACAUUUCCAUAAUCUGCAUAAAAAGAAUAAAGAUUUGUUUUUCUGUUUAUUGUUGAUUCCACGGAAGAGACAAGAUGGAGUCAAAAUUAAGUUUAAAUUGCUAAUCUUGUAGUAAUAGUUCUUUUGUGAUAGUUUCAGGUAGAAACUGAUUUUCUGACACAUAUUAGAUAAUGUAGACCCAGUAAUAACAACAGGUUUGCUAAGGAUAUAAGGACAGUAUUCUGCAUCUGGUAACUUGGCUUUGUCACUCACACAAAACGACAUUCACUUCUACUGGAUUGUGAUUUUAGCUCCACUGCUCUCCUCUCUCUCAGAAGAGACAGCUGUGUUUAACUAAACAUGAUGAUUUUGAAAUAAGUCUUUAUUAAAAUAACUCCAGGUAGUACUCUGAGUUAAGAAAAUGCACCUGAAUUCAACAGUUACAUUCAGUUUGUUUGUCCAGUCAACAGCAUCACCUCAUGACCUUUUUUCCCUUAUAGCAUUGGUCAGCUGUAGCAUACAGAUAAUGUUGAUUCAACUAGCAAAGUAUAUUAAAGUCAAUAAUUUUUUCAACUUGGAUACUGUAUAUUAAUGCAAUAUCCUGUAGGGCACAAUAGAGUAUCUACUUUCGAGAACAAAGCAACCUUGACUUUUUGAACCAUGUGUUUAGGCUAAAACUGCAUAUAAAUUCAAUAAACACAAAAAUUUUAAAAUUCCUGUACAACUAAAAGCAGGUAGAAAACAUUAUAUGACUGCAUAUCACAUUUGUAUUUAUAUGGUUUUUAUAUUUUAUAAAGUGCAUAGUUAACUAAAGACAAAACAAUAUACAUUUGUUUCAAAUAGAAGAGUUGAAAUACAGUAAAUGGGGUCCUUAGACUUUGUAUUUUUUUGUCCCCAAAAUGUCAUUUGGUUGA